AUACGUCGGGCUCACGACAGCCCCCAGUCUCAGUCCGCACUCCGGUGCCACAACUCAGAAUGGCUUUGCUGCAGUUCGUUGUGGUGGCCUUUAGCGCCACUUUAAUCCACGCUGGAGUCCCUCCGUACCACGGCUUCGGGUUGGGUUUAGCCCCGGGUGGAUUAAUCGCCGCCCCCGCAGCCGCCCACGACCCUCUUGAAGGAGUAGACUACUACGCCCAUCCACGCUAUUCGUACAACUAUGGGGUGGCUGAUGGUAUCACGGGUGACCGCAAGACCCAGCACGAAGUCCGCGACGGUGACGUGGUCAAAGGGUCGUACUCGGUGGCGGAACCAGAUGGUACUGUGCGCGUGGUGGACUACGCCGCCGAUGGGGUUAAUGGGUUCAAUGCUGUGGUGAAGAGGAUUGGUCCGGCCGCGCACGCCGCCCCCGGGCUAGUGGCAGGGCACGGGUUGCUGGGGCAUGGUCACGGGCACUACUAAUUUUUGGGUGGAGAAUGCUUUGAUACUGUUUCAAAGUGGGUUUUGGAGCUGUGUAUAUAGUGAUGGUUGGAAAGUACAUGUGGCUUAUCGCAGGCAAUUAUCAGUUUUUUGUGCAAUGGUUUUAUUAUUGUAGUUUGUAAUUUGUGUACUAUGAAGUGUGUUUGUCAAGUACAACUUUCGAUAAUAAAGUGUUGAUGAAAAA